UCUUUCUCCCGGGUCUGUCUGGGUCUCUGUCUUUGGGUAUUUCUCUCUGCACUUCCAUCUGUCUGGGUCUCCGCUUCCCUGCCCCGCACGCACCGCCCCCUGCCCAAGCCCCUCCAAUCCCGGCAGCUCGAGCCUAGCGCUCCAGUCUCCCAUUGGUCCGUCCGGAGCCCCCCGCCCCCGCCUGCCCGACCCCCAUCUGGGCCCCUCCAUUCACACAAAGUUUGGCUCCGGCGCUGCGGAGGGAGGGGGCGGCCCGGCCCGGCCCAGCUCUGCCCCCGGCCGGCCCGACCCCGGCCCCGGCCCCCGGACAACCCCUUAUCUGAUCCCAGCUCCGGGUUUAAGAGUCCUGACCCUGCCCGUCGCACAGCUCUGCUCCUUACUCCUGCCCGCCCAGUCCGUCCAUCUGUCCCGCUGCCCCGCGGCCCAUCCAAGGGGCCACUCCACCUCGGACCCAAGAUGACGUCCGUUGCCAAGGUGUAUUACAGUCAAACCACUCAGACAGAAAGUCGGCCCCUAAUGGGCCCAGGGAUACGACGGCGGAGAGUCCUGACAAAAGAUGGUCGCAGCAACGUGAGAAUGGAGCACAUUGCUGACAAGCGCUUCCUCUACCUCAAGGACCUGUGGACAACCUUCAUUGACAUGCAGUGGCGCUACAAGCUUCUGCUCUUCUCUGCGACCUUUGCAGGCACAUGGUUCCUCUUUGGUGUGGUGUGGUAUCUGGUAGCUGUGGCACAUGGGGACCUGCUGGAGCUGGGUCCCCCCGCCAACCACACCCCCUGUGUGGUCCAGGUGCACACUCUCACUGGAGCCUUCCUCUUCUCCCUGGAAUCCCAGACCACCAUCGGCUAUGGCUUCCGCUACAUCAGUGAGGAAUGUCCACUGGCCAUUGUGCUUCUUAUUGCCCAGCUGGUGCUCACCACCAUCCUGGAAAUCUUCAUCACAGGUACCUUCCUGGCGAAGAUUGCCCGGCCUAAGAAGCGGGCCGAGACCAUUCGUUUCAGCCAGCAUGCAGUUGUAGCCUCUCACAAUGGGAAGCCCUGCCUCAUGAUCCGAGUUGCCAACAUGCGCAAGAGCCUCCUCAUUGGCUGCCAGGUGACAGGCAAACUGCUUCAGACCCACCAAACCAAGGAGGGUGAGAAUAUCCGGCUCAACCAGGUCAACGUGACUUUCCAAGUAGACACAGCCUCUGACAGCCCCUUCCUCAUUCUACCCCUUACCUUCUAUCAUGUGGUAGACGAGACCAGUCCCUUGAAAGAUCUCCCUCUUCGAAGUGGUGAGGGUGACUUUGAGCUGGUGCUGAUCCUAAGCGGGACAGUGGAGUCCACCAGUGCCACCUGCCAGGUGCGCACUUCCUACCUGCCAGAGGAGAUCCUUUGGGGCUACGAGUUCACACCUGCCAUCUCACUGUCAGCCAGUGGUAAAUACAUAGCUGACUUCAGCCUUUUUGACCAAGUUGUGAAAGUGGCCUCUCCUAGUGGCCUCCGUGACAGCACUGUACGCUAUGGAGACCCUGAAAAGCUCAAGUUGGAGGAGUCACUAAGGGAGCAGGCUGAGAAGGAGGGCAGUGCCCUUAGUGUGCGCAUCAGCAAUGUCUGAUGACCUGUUCCCACUUUGCCAUUCCUCUGAUCUCUUUUCCUCUCUUUCAAUGCCCCAGUAAGGAAUACUGCCUGGGUUUACUGGAGAUCCCCAGAAGCAUCCAUCCUCCACUCCCUCUUCUUUAAUCUGGUGGCCUGUCAUUAGCUUAGGCCAACUGGAGUCCAGGUUCCCCCCCCCCGCCCACUGUCCCCUUUCUCCUCCCCCUGCUUCUGCCCCAAUACACAUACCUCCUUAAGCCAGGAUGGGGGAAAGAGAGGGAUUAGGCUGCAGUGGCUUAGAAGGCCUCAGCCAUGCUUGGAGACUCAUGUUAGGAGGACCAUGUUGUUGGAAGGAUAGACUCCCCCACCUCCCGCCACCACCAAGAAGUUUGGUGACUUGAGGCUGGAGCUCCCUCUGUCUCUACCUUUCCAUCUAGCAAGUUCCCAAAGGCAAGACUCUCUCUGAUGGUCACAUUGCUGUCUAUGCUUUCAGAAAUUCGGGAAUCUGAUCUCACUGUAUCCUAGGGUUUUUACCAACCUCUGUUGAAAGAAGCCAGGGUUUGUCACUGUGAAGCUGAUUUCUGCUGGUAACUUCUGACCAUACCCUAGAACCAUGGUCACCACUAUUCUCCCUGGCUAGUUUCUCAAGUGAACACUCAGGAUACCCAGUUCCUUCAUAGCCUCUGUUCUCAGAGAAUUGGAGUUGGCCCAAGAAACAUAAACAUGCAACCAUCCAUAUCUAUCCUGGAUUCUGAACUCUUCAAUUUGGAGUGACUAACACAAGUUGUUGUCUAAAACUUUAAACCUAUCUUCCAGGCAGCCCCGGAAAGAUCUGUAUCUCCAUGUCCUGUGAAUGGAAGGACACAAGCCAAUAUGUUCCUUUGAAAAGAGUUCAGUGCCCAAGCCCCAUGGAAAGGUCUGAAAAUAAUAAUCCAGAUUACAUUGUACCUGGCUUCUUUUCGUCCUUUCCUGCCCAGCCUAGAUCCUUCUUCCUUAACUCCGACCCUUUGGGAGAAGGCAGGGGAAAUGCAAGGGCCUUCCUCUCUUAACACGGAUGCUCAAGUAAAACUAGAUUCACAGGGUACAGAUUCCCUGGAAAGUUAACCCAGCUCCACCAUGAGGGAUGGGCAAGUUCUCAGAUUUCCAGACUGCUAUAGAGAGCCUCUGGGAAUUAGUGAUGCUUUGUUAAGGUUUAGGCAGAAGCAGAACUCUGCGGCUGGCAGCCACUAUUCUGUUACACCUCCCAGUUCCUUCUGAAAGUGCCAGUUAUUUCAUUAGGCAAUGCUGAGCGGAGAGGAAAUUAUACCAUCUGAUCAAAUAACCAUGGCUUCCCUCAGCCAUUCCUGAGACAUGGUAUAAAAUGAUGAAAAUCAAUAUCAUCUCUACUCUCUUCUGCCAUAAGGCCAUUUUCAGGCAAGUUAAAAAGCAUACUUUAAGAGAUCAGACUCAGCCUAUUCCUUGUUCCCUGGUGGGGUCUGUGGUAAUGGUCAGGGAAGGACAUUUAGGCACCAGAGCUUUAUCCAAAGCCUCAAAUCCCUAGACUGCUUUCUGGCCUCACUUUGGUAUGAAGGAAGCCCCACACAGUGGUACUGCAUAGUCCCACUAUGAAUCAAGUGGCAGUUUAUUUGAGGUGAUCUCAGCCAAUUGUUGUAAGCUACAUGCUCACACAGAAUAUAUACAUGCAUCUAUAUACUGAGCCUUGCAGAGAAACACAAAAUAUUGAGGCUAGACCCAUGAUUACCACCUACUAUAAUUGCACAAGUUCUUGUCAUAUUGAUCUCUCCUCGAACUCAACUAACUGUAUGAAGACCCUUCAUUGUGCAUCUACUGUAAACCCCACCAUUACCUUCUAGCUGGCGUAAAGACAAGAACCACAGAAACUUGAAAAAUCUGAAACAGAAAACAGAAGGCAAAGAGCCAGCUUCUGGGUUCUCAACUUUAUUCAUUAGAUUUACCUGAUUUCUUUCAGUGUAUAGGGACAAGAUGUACUGCUCUGUGUGUGUGUGUGUGUGUGUGUGUGUGUGUGUGUGUGUAUCUGUAUCUUCUUAUCCACUGGCAAGUUAUUCUCCUUCUGGUUUAUUUUGCCACGGUAUGUUUCCUUCCUGAAGAGAUUAAUUUGUUCCCAUUCCCCUGCUGCCUAUUCUAAGCCCCCAGACUCAAGCCCCUAGCCUCUUGGAUAACAGAAGUUUCUGACUUACCCUUUGGAAUCUCCUUCAUUAUUAUCCCAGGCUUUGCUUUAAGUUGCACUUUAAAUCAUGCCAUCCUAUUUAUGCAAUCUGGCAUCUUCUCCCAUAAGCCCCCCACAGGGAACAACUACCCCCAAUCCUAACUCUAAGUGGUUCUUUGGACUAUAGUCUGCCUCCUAUGACCUGAAAUCCUCUUUCAGGCUAUAGGCCGAGCUUCAGAAGCAGCCAGGUCUGUGAGAAAUGGGCCCCCAUAUCAACCAUGGACUUGGAAUGUCAGGAGAGUAGUAGGCACAGGUGUUAAAAGGAGAGAUUUCAGAAGAUGGGCAAAACGACUGAUGGGGGAAGAUACCUGGAGUGUGAAGAUGAGAAAAACAUGAUGCUGAAGGACCUAGUGAAAUCAAUAAACUCUUGAGUCUUGCUUAGGCUCGCAAACAAGAAGUGGGGAGGCUUGGGGAAUUAGGAUAUGACACAUACGAAAGGUUUAUCUAAGAAGAAAGAAACAGAGAUAAUAUAUAUAUAGAAAGAUGUAUAUAGAUGUAUAUAUGCCCAAAUAUAUUGAAUGUACAGAAGGGAAAUAUUCAAAGACUUUAGCAAUGGGGGCAGAUAUCUUGCCCUGGUUAUGGGGUAGGACACUCAGAUUUUCAGACUUACAAUCAGUGGUCCUGGUUUCAAGAUGGAAGUGAGAUACUUGAUGAAGGAUUUCAAGUCUGGAAAUGGGAAAGGGAGGAGUGGAAGUUCCUUUUCGGAAAUAAAGAGGCAUUCAUCAAGGCUUUUGUUGAAUUCUAUGCUACUGCUAGGACCAGGAAGAGAGAAGUAGGAGGACAACAGGGAGGGGAAGUCUUGGAAAAUCUACUACUUACACUGUGUGCCCCAUCCCCAGCAGCAUCCUGCCACUGCAGUACCUUUUUAAAUUAAUAAAAUAAAAUAAAGCACCUUUUCGUUUCCCUUUCAUGAAGUACACUAAUUUCCCUGUUUUCCACAGGGGUGGGAGCUGCUAUUGCUCACCCCUGGAAUUCAACUGAGGAGCUGAACACCUUGGUGUAUGGGAGGCACUAAAGGGAAGCCUCAACCCUGGAAUCCAAACUGCCGGGACUGGAGAGCUGUUGGGCUUGAGACCUCCCAAGGCCAAGGCCUAGUCUUUUGUGUGGCUGCAAGCAGCCUGAAGAGAAAGCCAUGGAUUCCAGCAGAGUUCUAAUCCUGACAUUUGGGCAUGGAGGGUGAUGCUUUGGUUUUGAUGCUUCUGAAUGAAAAUGAGGAGUGGGGUUAUCAGCUCCUCUAGGGGAUGGUGAUGUUCCAUGAGAAGCUUCCAAAAUCCCUACAAUAUGCUUCACUCCAUUAUUCCCCCAACCCCUGUCAGCCUAAUAAGAUCAUCCAGGAGUUUCCCUAUAAGGUCUGAGCAGAGAAAGAAAGCCAGUUAUACUAUUGCUACAAGUCAAGGACACUGUGCCCUCCCCACAGCUGCUGCCCUGGUCCUCCACUCUUGCUAGCUAACCUUGUUCACUUGUAAAGUAACACACUACCUUUGCUGAAAAGUUAGCAUGGGCCUCCAGGCUCAGUAAUGGCCAACUCUACUGAUACAGAAGGAAUUAAGGAUAGUUUUCCAUUCAUUGCACUAAAGACUAACCCAGGUCAAAUUUAUCUAGGAAAAAAAGGCGUGCAAGAUUUGUUUUGUUUUGUUAUGGUCUGUUAAGAAUAAGCUACUAAAUAAAAUGGAUGACUCUUUGGUUGUCA